AUGAUGUUUCAAAAAUUCGUGAUCGCCUGUUCCGACUCGCGGCCGCGGGGUGGUCUAAGAGCGGGGAGAAAACGUGGCGUGUCAACGAAGGCCGCUCAGUACAAAAUCGUGCACAAUGAGGACAUUGUGAUUUGGAAGAAAGCGAGAUCUAGUGUAGUGGCAAGCGUCGGGUAUCAAAGCUUGCCGCAGUUAACGCGGACUGGCUACUGCAGUACAUACAUACGGGGUUUGAACAAAGAAAUAGGUAAGGAGGUAUGCAUGCAUUUACAUGCAGCAGCGUCAGUGAAUGGAGGAGAAAAUGCGAAGGUACCGAAGGAAAGGGUGUCCAUUUCCUGUGGACCACAGAAAUUACAUGAAAACGAGAUUUUGAUAUGCUCCAUGACGUUAGCUACAUCCGUGCUGGCAAUUCACUUCCAGAGGGUGCAGGCAAGAGGGCACGUGAAGGCUGGUGCAAGGCGGGAUUUUGUAUACUUCUUCGGGCGCGACAAACGCAGUGAAGCCAUCCCCAACCUAUCAAGGGCAGCUUGUAACUGUGGGCGCACAGAUGUACUUCUGUUGAGAGGAGUGUGCCCAAUGUCAGGGGGUGUCAAGGGAAACAGGGACCAUGAGGCGAUGAACGGAGAUUGCGUCGCAGUGAUUAAAAGGCCAAAGAACAAAGAAAAAGCCGGAGAGUCAAACCUGGGCUCAAAUCGAAAGAGGGCGGAAAAGGAAAUGGGCCUGAGGCAGGGCGAAAGAGAGAGGGAGAGCCAAGCAAUACGGCUGGACUUUCGUCCUGGGGACCUUGUUCGUAAAUCACAAUCAUCACCCAAAGAGGUCAUGGUAUUCAAGCAAAUGGACGUCUUGAUGGAUGGACAGCCCUAA